CUGGUCUGGAUCCAUGCUGGUCGCAAACGCACUAUGUUGGUUUUUUCUUAUGGCACGGCUCAUAUAGAUUUUAAGAUAAAUGCGUACAAUUUUUCUACCGAGAGGAUUUAACAAAAGUCUUACUAUUUGCUAUAAGAAAAAAAGAUUGCAGCUGAAUUGAUGUAACAGAGUGAAAAACCCAUCUUGAUGCAUUCUAAACUGAUAUAGCACAUGAAUAAGUCAACAAAACCAGGGUAGCAAAAUGGUUGAAUGAGAAAGGUAAGUAGUAUAAAAGUUUUAAUUAUCUUCUGCACUUAGAGCUUUUAUAUGAUAUAAAUCAAUAAUGCAUGGUUUUUGAAGUUUGCUUAUUAUACCAGUAAAUAGUGGCAUAUCCUACUUUUUUUCAUUCAUGAAUUUUGGAAGAACUAUGAAGAAAAUCAGAGGGUUACAAAGUUGUGCAUUUGAAUUUUUUUUUCCUUGUGCCUUUUCAGAUUUCACUUGUUACCAUUCUUCGCAAAUGGAUCAGAGGCAAAGGGCAAAUUAUUUUCACUUUUAUGAUAACAUGAGGCUUUUGACUACCUUUAUGGAAUAUGGUGUGUUUAUGGCAUUGUAUGAUAGAUUUAAUUGUCUACUAGUAACCAGUCCCGUCAGCACUCAUCAGUCCUGCCAGGGGGCUAUAAUAGAACUCCUGUGUGAAAGAAAGUCCCUUAUGAAGGUUAUUUAGUGACAGCUAAUGUGAUAGUGACAGUAAUAUCUGCCUUAGUGUUCACCUGUACUAGGCAGCCACUUGCCCUUAAAGCAGCCAGUCAGCAAACUUCCAGUAUUGAUUUUUGUUCUGAUUUCAACCUGUCUUAAGCAGCCACCUGUCUUAAGCAUCCGUGGUGUGUUUCUCCCUUUGUUGGCUGCUUAAGGCAGGUUUAACUGUAAUAAAAAUAUCUUUGAUCAGAUUUAAAAUAUUUGAUAAUGCCAUAACUAAUUAACUGCUUCUAUUGCCUUUGCCCAUUUAAAACUUCUAUGUUUUAUCCAUCUCUGCAGGAUGGCAUUGAUGUACAAGGUACCAUGAAUACCAGGGAAAAUGUUCAUUACAAACCAGGAGGUGGAAAUAUACCAGAGCCAUAUGAAGAAGAUCUGGACUGGGAUGCUGAUGCCAAGGUGAACACACUGGAUAACCUUGGUUAUGAACCAGGUGGAGGCUGUGUAAAGAUAUUCAGUGAGAAAUUGAACUGGAAAGCAGAACCAAAAGUUGAUACUGGCCUACAAAGUAAGAGCGAAAAUACUCUGAAAAAAGAUGAGAAUCAAAGAUAUGAUAGCUCCAAGCAGCAAGUUGCUAUAACCAUAGAACCAGUUCCUGAAAUGUUCAAUCACUCUUACCUUGAACCAGUUCCAGAAGUUGAAUACCAGUCUGCAGCAGAUGUAAAAAAUAACCAGUCUCAGUCAGAGCCAAUGGGAGCUUCUGCUACAGGUUCUGGACCAAUCAAAGAUGCUGUUGUAGAUCAGACAGAUGGUUCCCAUUUUAUGAAUGAAAAAACCACCAAAGUUUUGGAUCAGGAUUGGAAACAGGGACCGCCCCCACCACCAAAACCACCAAGAUGUACACAUAAAGAAUGGGAACUUGGAGAUAGGACAGUGGCUUCAGUAGAUAAUGACAAACCAGAUGAACGAGAAAUUUUAAUGUUUACAAAAGAAGAACUAGAUGAAAUAUUAAGGAAAAGGGAUCUUGUUGACAGUCAAGAAGAGGGUUUUAAAAAGUCAGAGAAAGAUGGAAAUGGACUGUCUGAGAAUGAAAGAGUUCAACCUGAUGAGCAAAAUGAUGACAAAGUAAAGGAAACAAUAGAUAGAAGAUAUGAAGAAGGUAUUCCAAUAAGUGAUAUAACAAAUGAUGAUGAGCUGAAAAACAGGUCACUAGAUCACAAAGAAGAUACAGUGGUAUUAGAAAGAAUGGUCAUAGAAAAAUAUAAUGGAAAAGAAAAUGAAAAUAUUUCAAAGAAAACCAAGCCAAAGAAAAAGUCCGGUUUUGUGAACAAAAUGAAAGGUUUGUUUUCUACUUCUAAGGAUAGACAAUCAAAGGAGAGCAGAAAUGAUAAAAGAUUUUCCAGUACCAGUUAUAACAUAAAUCGGUCAAAUUCAAAUUCUAGUAGAAUAAGUGUCAAGGGGAAGAAACUGAAAGGCUUUGCAAAUGAAGAGGAGAAAGAAGUUGAGCUCAUGGUUAAAUACCUUGGAUACCACAGUCCAAAAUUAGCAAGAAAGGUUGAGACUGAAGCUGAGAAUGUUGUAAAAGGUAAAGAAUCUAAAAAGGGAAAUAAGAAGCAAAUUGUGAAAAAGAAACAUUUGGAAAAAGGUGAGCCAGUUGUAAAGUUGGCAAAUUUGGGAUACAAAAGUCCAAAAUUGGCUAAGAAAAAUGGAAAGCCUCUGGUAAUGACAGGUUCACCAACACAGAAGAAGAAGGUAGAAUUGGAAAGCAAAGGAAUUUUAGGUGAAACUGCAAAGUGCUUCAGUGAUGAAAAUGAUAGAGUUGAUCUUCUUGAUGGAGAAAAUAUAACUAGGAUUCAUGUUAAGGAAGGUGUAAAUAGUGAUUAUCAAGAUAUUGACUUUGGAGCAAACAUAUCAGAUGUAAAGAAUGGUAAAAGUUUUGAAACUGUUGCUGCUUUAAAUGAUGCAGUUAGCAUUGGGCUAUUACCAGACAGAAAAUUUGAAAGGACAAGUCAAGGCAUUGUGAAUGAUGGGUAUGAAUAUGAUGAUGUUGCUUCAGAUGAAGAAACUGAUGAUUUAGAUGGUGAGAAUUCAGAAGAUGAAAGGCAUGUAAGUGUUGCAGAGUUAAAAAUAAAUAGUAACAGGGAUUCAAAGAAGGGGAUUCAGACUACAACAUUCAAAUACAAGAUGGACCAGAGACCAACUAGUCCACUGAAUGUAGUAAAGCAAGAAAUGGUUGAAACCUUGGGGGGUAGCUUCGUAAGUGUUGAAGAUAGAACUGAUGUUGAAAGAGAGCUAAGUGAAACAUUAGAAAUGAUGGAUAGGACAUCUCAUGAUAAAUUUGGGUAUGCUGUUAUUAAUAAGAAAGAAGAUAUGAAACUGUCGGACAUCGGAAAGAAAUCUGCAGAAAGUGGGGGAAGUGAAACAUUUCAGGGAAAAAAUGGAGAAAGUUUUGAAGAACAGAAGGUGUGUCUUGAAAGAGACAAAUCUUGUGGAAAUAUGAAGGAGGCUUUUCGAGAGUCUAGAACUAAAUAUGAAAGGAAAACAAGGUCAGAUCAGGAAGAUUUGGAACAUGAACUGACUUUAGAGGAAGAGCUUAGGACAGUUUUAGCAAACAUACAAGACAAUGAGUGUUCUUUUUUAAAGUCACCUAGGAGACAUGAAGGUACUGAAACAGGGUCAAGACCUGGAACCCCUAAGAUUCAGGUUAAACCAUUAUGGAUGAAAGCAGCAGAGGAAGGUAAGGGACUUGGUUUUAGCGGAAGAUAUGGUUUGAGAAGGUACAUGAGUGAUGAGAAUCUGUCAAGACCUUCCCAGCAGAAGUUUGUUAGAUCAAAUAGGACCCAGAGUAUGAUGGUUAGAAAGAAUAGUACACUAGAAACAGGAAGUGGUGCCAUCAAGAUGCAUUCUGGAAAUGAUUUAGGACUGUUACAUUCACAGGGUGGAAGUAACUUGGCAAGGUCUUCUAAAAUGAUAAAUUUGAGUGGCACACGUCAUUUGAUGUCAGCUUGUUCAGCAGAAGAUCUGGGACAGGAUUCCAUGGCAACAGCUUCUGAGUAUAAAACUGGCUUGACGUCUGCUAAGUUUACCUCUAGGAAUGAAAGGGAUGGAUUUAUUUCUUCAGGGAAAUCUGGAAUAGGAGAAAAUUUGACUUUGAAAUUGAAUGAAAAUAGUGGAAAAUUAAGCUCAGAAUCUUUUAAUAGAGGAAGUGUUAAUUCAGAAUUCUAUACUGGAGUUUCUGAGGAUACAGAUCUGAGCGAAAGUGACAACAUGUCCAGUGCAAGUAGCAGGAAUAAGAAUUUGAAUGGAGAUUGCAUUGAAAGACAUUGGGGAGAUUCAAAUACAGAAAAAUUUACAAAUAUGGUGACGAUGUGCACAGCUUUAUAUAGCAUGCUGAUAGAUUUUUAGAAAUAUAACCUCUGUUAAGACAACAGGAUGCAACUGGAUUUUUAUAUCUAUACCUAUGAAUCCUUGAGGUUCUUCUGAGUCUGUAUAGGAAGAAUAAGUUUUAUUUGUAUUUCAAUUUUAAUAUUUGACAGACAUUUCAUUCAGGUCAUUAAGAUAGUAUGUAAGUUAGGGAUCUGUUUGAAAAGUCAAUAUAUGAGCUGCGCCAUGAGAAA